UCGCCAGCGAGACAGGGCUGUCGCCGCCGCCAUUGCUGUAACCCCCCCGCCCCGGAGAAUCCACCGCCAUCCGCCACCAUGGUGAACUUCACAGUAGACCAGAUACGGGCCAUCAUGGACAAAAAGGCCAACAUCAGAAACAUGUCUGUGAUUGCCCACGUUGAUCACGGCAAAUCAACCUUGACUGAUUCUCUGGUAUGCAAAGCUGGUAUCAUUGCCUCUGCCCGUGCGGGGGAGACCCGUUUCACUGACACAAGGAAGGAUGAGCAGGAACGGUGCAUCACCAUCAAAUCAACAGCUAUUUCCCUAUUUUAUGAGCUUUCUGAAAAUGAUUUGGCCUUCAUCAAGCAGAGCAAGGAUGGUUCUGGUUUCUUGAUCAACCUGAUUGAUUCUCCUGGGCACGUGGACUUCUCUUCAGAGGUCACUGCUGCUCUUCGUGUCACUGAUGGUGCUCUGGUUGUUGUAGACUGUGUCUCUGGCGUGUGUGUGCAGACAGAGACUGUGCUGCGUCAGGCCAUUGCCGAGAGGAUCAAGCCUGUACUGAUGAUGAACAAAAUGGACCGAGCGCUGCUGGAGCUGCAGCUGGAGCCAGAAGAGCUGUACCAGACCUUCCAGCGCAUAGUGGAAAAUGUGAACGUCAUUAUCUCCACGUAUGGAGAAGGAGAAAGUGGCCCCAUGGGAAAUAUCAUGAUUGAUCCAGUGCUUGGUACCGUCGGCUUUGGUUCUGGCCUGCAUGGCUGGGCUUUCACUCUGAAACAGUUUGCUGAAAUGUAUGUUGCAAAGUUUGCUGCCAAGGGUGAUGCCCAGCUGAAUCCAUCUGAGCGUGCCAAGAAAGUAGAAGACAUGAUGAAGAAGUUGUGGGGAGACAGGUAUUUUGAUCCUGCUACUGGCAAGUUCAGCAAAUCUGCUACCAGCCCUGAUGGAAAGAAACUGCCCAGGACCUUCUGCCAGCUCAUCCUUGACCCCAUCUUCAAGGUUUUUGAUGCAAUCAUGAACUUCAAGAAAGAGGAGGCGGCUAAACUGAUUGAGAAACUGGACAUCAAGCUUGACAGUGAAGAUAAGGACAAGGAGGGCAAACCCCUGCUGAAGGCCGUGAUGAGGCGGUGGCUGCCUGCCGGAGAUGCCCUGCUGCAGAUGAUCACCAUUCACCUGCCUUCUCCUGUCACAGCCCAGAAGUACCGCUGUGAGCUGCUCUACGAGGGACCCCCUGAUGAUGAGGCUGCCAUAGGUAUUAAGAACUGUGACCCCAAAGGCCCCCUCAUGAUGUACAUCUCUAAAAUGGUGCCAACCUCUGACAAGGGACGUUUCUACGCAUUUGGACGUGUCUUCUCUGGUCUCGUCUCAACUGGCUUGAAAGUCAGAAUCAUGGGACCAAACUACACACCUGGCAAGAAGGAGGAUCUGUACCUGAAGCCAAUUCAAAGGACCAUUCUCAUGAUGGGCCGCUACGUCGAACCCAUCGAGGACGUGCCUUGUGGAAACAUUGUUGGUCUGGUUGGUGUUGACCAGUUCCUUGUGAAGACUGGAACCAUCACCACCUUUGAGCACGCUCACAACAUGAGAGUCAUGAAGUUCAGCGUCAGCCCCGUUGUGCGUGUGGCUGUGGAAGCCAAGAACCCAGCGGACCUGCCCAAGCUGGUGGAGGGACUGAAGCGUCUUGCCAAGUCUGACCCUAUGGUGCAGUGCAUCAUUGAGGAGUCUGGGGAGCACAUCAUCGCUGGUGCAGGGGAGCUGCACUUGGAGAUCUGCCUGAAGGAUCUGGAAGAGGACCACGCGUGCAUCCCUAUUAAGAAAUCGGAUCCUGUUGUGUCCUACCGUGAGACGGUCAGCGAGGAGUCCAACGUGAUGUGCCUUUCCAAGUCCCCCAACAAACACAACAGGCUGUACAUGAAGGCCCGGCCCUUCCCAGAUGGCUUGGCUGAAGACAUCGACAAGGGUGAGGUCUCUGCUCGUCAGGAGCUGAAGCAACGAGCUCGUUAUCUGGCUGAGAAGUACGAGUGGGAUGUCACCGAAGCCAGGAAAAUCUGGUGCUUUGGUCCCGACGGCACCGGCCCCAACAUCCUGACCGACAUCACCAAGGGAGUGCAGUACCUGAAUGAGAUCAAGGACAGUGUGGUGGCCGGCUUCCAGUGGGCGACGAAGGAGGGGGUCCUGUGUGAGGAGAACAUGCGUGCCGUGCGUUUCGAUGUGCACGACGUCACCCUGCACGCCGAUGCCAUCCACCGCGGAGGCGGGCAGAUCAUUCCCACUGCCAGGCGAUGCCUGUACGCCUGCGUGCUCACCGCUCAGCCCAGGCUCAUGGAGCCCAUCUACCUUGUGGAAAUCCAGUGCCCGGAGCAGGUGGUGGGUGGCAUCUACGGUGUGCUGAACAGGAAGCGUGGCCACGUGUUUGAGGAGACCCAGGUGGCCGGCACCCCCAUGUUCGUGGUCAAGGCCUACCUGCCUGUCAACGAGUCCUUUGGUUUCACGGCGGAUUUGAGGUCCAACACGGGGGGCCAGGCUUUCCCCCAGUGCGUCUUCGACCACUGGCAGAUCCUGCCCGGGGAUCCCUUCGACAGCGCCAGCCGUCCCUGCCAGGUGGUGGCUGAGACCCGCAAACGCAAAGGGCUGAAGGAAGGCAUCCCUGCCCUCGACAACUUCCUUGACAAACUCUAAUUAAACUCGCUGGACUCCGGGGAGGGGGGGAGUGAAAAAAUUAAUUAAUUAGCCCGUGCGAAGGGGUAGACGCCCGUGACCACCGUCUCUUUGCAUUGUUAAUUGGUUUCAUAGCGAUUUGAGACUAAAUGAGGAAGAAAAAAAAAAAAGCCUUAUAGGUUUCUGUGUUGCACAUGACUCAUCUUUGCCAUUGUAACUAAACCAUUUCCACUAGAUUUGCCCAAUUCUGUAUUUAUUUGACUCAAAGCGUUUCUGCAGAAGGUUGGGGGAGGGACAGGUGCUCCUUCGUUUCUCCCAAAACGGGGUAAAUCGAUGCAAAAUGAGGAAGGGGAGGGGAUGCCCGUCUGCAGUGUGACUGUCCGUCGUGACCAUCGCCGCCUGUAUUAGUGCCACUGGAAUUAAUAAAAUUGGAUAAUGGUGA